GUUCGCGGGCCAUGACACACGCGAGGAAGCAUAAAAUAUGCUAGAUCGAGCGCUCGCUGAUUCCUGGACAUUUUAGUUAAACCCACGCACAAGAAGCGGCAGCAGCACCAAACAGCAAAUAACUGUUAAAAGCUCAUCAUGGGCUGAGCAUAUCAGUGGAAGGAUUUCAUACAUAUAUAUCACAUAUAUAUACAUAGAUAUGUGUAACGUCAUCAGACAAACAUUUCGACAGUAAUUUUAACCAUUCAGAAUUGCUGCAACUACAGUAAACACUCGCAAAAUGGAACGAAUCAUGAAUCUAAUUCAAAACGAAACAUACAAAAAUCGAUUUCUUUAAAGUUUUCUUUAAAGAGGUAAAGAGAAGUCCCACAAGAAGCUAAAAUGCUCAUCAAAGUCCACAAAACAGAAGCACAAAUGGAGAAACAUGUGAUAAUAACUAAGUAUUUCAUUGAGCGACUGCAAAUGUAUUGAAACUGCUCAAACAAAUCCUGGAUAACUAUAAAACAAAUAUAUAGAUUAAUUAUAUCUAGUUAAUUAAACUCUCCAACAUGCAACGGAGUGCGGGCAGCGAGGAGCGCAUCACAAACAGUCCGCGUUCCACACAAAAAUCGGGCACAACGCUCUUCGGGCUGCUCAGCAAACGGCCAAGCAAAGUGGAGCCGCAUCCGGUGACUCCCGAAUCGCCAGUGGUGCAGCAGCGACGACCCACAUCGGCAUGCGGCCAAUACGAUGUCAGUUUCGCCAAAUGCUCGGCGGAAGCGAGCACACACAAAAGUCAAACGUUGCCCAACAAUUCCAAUGCGCCCACUCAGCAGCUGGAUAAGUCGCAUAGUGGCCUAAUCAGCUUUCACAGACGUGGCAAUCCCACUUCGAAGAGCAAAGGGCAUACACAUCGUCAUAGCAGCGAUGCCGGAUCGCAGAGUGAUGGCGGUGCGGAUGUGAUAAUGCGCCGGAAGUCACCGAAGAAACGUUCGCCAAACCACAAUCGACUUAGCCAUCAGUUCAGUCUGUGCUGCAAGGCCGAGAAGAAACCGCUGACGCCACCAAUUUCUGUGCGCUACAAUUCAAUACCAGAUGCCGUGAUUGAAGCUGGGAAUGUGUUGCGACGCGAUAAUCUCUCGCUCAGCAUGAGCAUGAUGGACAAUUCGGGUUCGCUGCACUCGCACUCAAGCGAGGGCGCCGCAUCCAAUCAAUUGCCGGAGCCACAGCGUCCGCGUCCGUCCAGCGAAUGCGCCAGUGCACCCGAAUCUCCAGUGGCUAACAAAACGUUUUUCGCGCAGUGCGGCGCCAGUGCCUCUGGUGCCUCCAUUCACCAGUCGCACUACUCUCCCUCGAAUUCGUCCAACCGUAGCGAAACGCUGCAGCGGGCACCAAUCCGACCGAUUGCUGUCUCCGCUUGCCGAUCGCGACUGCGCCUCAAACUGUUUCCGCCGGGACAAGAGCAGCCGCCGCUGACAGCGGAUGAGAGUGCGGAUAAUUUAAAGCGUGCCACAACGCCACAGCAUAUGUCUUCGCCAAACAUUGCCAUGCUACCGGAUCAAUUAGAUGCGGGUAUCCCAGAGCUGCCCGGAAUGCGUUUCAUGUCGCACGAGAACAUGACGCUGCAUCGUCAGGGUUCCGGUUCCAAUUUGGCCCGACAGGCCUUGAUGGCUGCACAGGCUUUGAACCUCAUACCUGCGGACAAGGCUCGCGAGCGGAGCUAUCUAGACGGGCGUCUGGGUUCCUCUUCGCUGCUGGGGCCGAGUGAGCUGAGUCGCGUGCUGCCCCAGAAAGAGGUCACCAUCUUCGUGGGCACCUGGAACAUGAACGGUCACAGUCCGCCCAAACAAAUGAAUGAUUUUGUGUUGCCACCGAAUGUGGAACAUGUGCCCGACUUGGUUGUCAUGGGCACCCAGGAGUCCAGUCCGGAUCGUUUCGACUGGGAGGUGACGCUGCAGGAGACGCUGGGACCGUCGCAUGUGCUUUUCCACUCGACAACACUGGGAACCCUUCAUCUGGCCGUCUACAUGCGUCGUGAUCUCAUUUGGUAUUGUUCGGCGCCCGAGGAUGCUUCGAUGUCUGUGCGCACGGGUUCCGCCUUUCGCACCAAGGGCGCUGUGGCUAUAUCGUUUUGUCUCUUUGGCACAUCCAUGCUGUUUGUGACUUCCCACUUGACAGCGCAUCAGCAGAAGGUCAAGGAACGCGUCUCGGACGUCAAACGCAUCAUCAAUGCUCUGGAUUUGCCCAAGAAUCUGCCCAACUUGCGGCACAAGAAUAAGGAUGUUACGCAGAAUUUCGACAAUGUCUUUUGGUGUGGUGAUCUCAAUUUCCGGCUGGGUGAGCCGCGCGAGAAACUGCUCGAUUGGAUACAGAAUACAAAAUUUCCGCUACCCUCGCAUUUGCCACAUGGUUACAUGCACACGGAUCAGCUCUCCUCGGUGCUGGCCGAUGGCGCCGCCUUUCGUGGCUUCAUGGAGGCAAACAUAACGUUUCCUCCCACUUACAAAUACGAUCCCGGCAGUCAAAACUUUGAUACGUCCUCUAAGCAGCGUGCGCCGGCGUAUACGGAUCGCAUCCUCUAUAAAUAUCGCCAGGUGCAGGGUCUGGUCAUCCGACGACAGAGCACUGUGCCGGGCAUAUCGACGCCCACACAGCCAUAUAUACAGUGCCUACUCUAUGAUUCAGUGCCAUCCAUAACGACGUCCGAUCACAAGCCAGUCUGGGCACUGUUUCGCACACUAAUAAGAGCGGGCAGCGAUGCCAUACCCCUUGCCGCUGGCUUAUUCAGUCGAGACAUUUACUUGGAGGGCAUGCGACGUCGUCUAAAUAAUCAAUAUACUGGCGCCUCCGCUGUGUGUGCCAUACAGUAAAAACCAAACAUGUGCAGUGCAAUGGAUAAUAUCCACAACUGUAGUUAUAGUAAAAACGCGAGCUACGCGUAGCUGUCUAGCCUAAAACUAAUUCUAAUCUAUAUAUAUAUAUAUGUAUAUUGAAAUCUAUCAGUCACCAUUGAUGGGUACAACACUGUCUCUAUGAAAAGUUAGUCAUGUUGAACAAUAUACCAAAGCAGCGGCUUGCAAAGUUUCUCAAGUCCCAAAUGCUUUAACACGGUUGUGUGUGGCCUUUGUAGCAUGUAUGUAGUUAGCUAGUUAGUCUGUUAGUUAAUCUCUUAGCUGAUGUCAAAUACAACAACAAAUACCAAAGCUCGAAUAGGUUUAAAUGUUAGGCGCUGCCUUUUUGCCUUGAGGCCUUAAAUAAUUAAACGUUCCUUACGAAUUAGAGGCGCAGUCAAGACAGAAAUGAAAUCUUAUAGUGUUUAAAUUAGUUGAAUCUAAUAGUUAAUAACUUAGUGCAAAUGAAGUCAAAACUUGAAUGUAAAAUAACAGUAUAUAUACACAUAUAUAUAUACAAACAUAAAUAU